ACCACAAGCCGGUGUUCUCCAAUUGCUCAAUUUACGCGCCGGUGGUGAAGGAGGAGGAACCGCCUGGCACGGUGGUAAUUCAGGUGCACGCCGAGGAUCGGGAUCCGCCGGAGGAAGGAGAUAUUGUACCAUUACAUACCGCUUGAUGAUCUCUCCUGACGAAAAGUUAAAAUUCCAAAUCAACAACAAGACGGGCCUCAUCAGGACGACCCAGUUUAUCGACAGGGACGAACCCUACGAACCCUUCUACGAGAAAGAGGCUUGGCUCACGGUACUCGCAACCGACAAUGGAAGGCCGCAGAUGGCUAACGUGUGCUCAUUUAAAGUCACCAUCGAAGACGUCAAUGACAACAAACCCGUCUUCGACAAAGUGGCAUACACGGAAUCUGUGCCGCAAGAUUUACCGGUGGGUCGCGAGGUCAUGCGAGUUUCCGCCACCGAUAUUGACGAUGGCAACAAUUCCGUCGUACGGUAUAGUCUGUCUCCUAAGAGACCGGAUGAUGCUGUAUACUUUCGGAUCGACUGCGAGUCCGGUGUCAUAUUCCUCAACAAGGCUAUAGACCGGAAUCCAGGUUACAAAUUUUGUAUGACGGCGACCGUCGAUGAUCUUGGCGAAAUCCCGCAGAGCAAUGUCAUUGAUCUUGACAUACGGGUUGUGGAAUUGCAUAAGAAGGCGCCAGCUUUUCUACCGAGGUCAUCAGAGCCUAUCAGACUUAAGGAGAAUUUCAACGAUUUCGAUUCUAGCAUUGUCCGUUUGAAAGCGGUUUCCAACAUCAAAAAUUCUAGUAAUUCGGACAAUUCGUAUCUACAGUUUGAGCUCGUGACCGGCCGAACAGAACAGACCAACAAGAGGAAGACUUUUAGGUACUACACGAAUUACGCUUAUAAUAUAAUCUAAAUAAAUUUAAACGUUAGGGUAAAUAUUUCUUUUUAUACAGCCAGCCCCAAAUGACUUUUGACUGACCUUAAUGUUGACCUUGACCUUCAAGGAGUUUAUUAAAAAGUUAUUAAUAAAAGAAGUUUGGAAACUGUAACAUAGUUUUCUGACACUAACCACUUUU